AUGUCUGGAGGCCCUGUUCCUGUCUGGAAGAAGUACACUACCGGCUCCACCGGUAUCUGGGAAACGUUUAGAAAAUGGGCAACUUUGGUUCCAAAUAGAUCCACCGGUAACCCAUACGUGCCAUACUACAGAGUCCCUUCUCCAUCGAGCAACAAACACGUCUAUAAAGACCCUAGAACCUUGCCUGCUAGCGAUAUCCAGGGGAACCUGUAUUUGGCAAGAGACCAUAGAAGAAACCAUCCUGCAAUUUCCACCUUUGACCAAUCCAAAAUUGGCGGCUUGUUGAAGCUCGGUAAUAAGACCAACUCCAGGUUGCCAAAGGGCGACGAGGGUGUCAAGCAGCUAUCCACACUGCAGAGCGAGCCUGUCCAGCUCGUGGACGUGCUCAAGUCCUCCAACAAGAGCAUCAUUAACGGCGAAGUGUUGGGCAAGUUUGGCGAGCCAAUAAUUGCCCCAAACCUUAACAAGAAGUUCUCUGUGAAAAUCAUCCACGAGGAAGAACAUGGUAUGUAUAGUGACGACUACCCAGUGAGAAUCUUCAAGUCCACCGCUUGA